AUGAAAACAAACUUCUUUUAUGGCGUUUCCGACGGAAUUACUGGGACCGACAAUCCUGUUGGCAGAUAUCAUUGUGUAUGCAAAGUUGAAGCGAGGUAUGCUCUUCUGGCGGAUUUACCGUGGCGUCACCACAGCUGCUGUUUACCUUGCUCCGCUCCCUUUCGACUGUUUGAUCUUGCUCUAGCCUUCUGUCCGGAUCUGCCGCAUGGUCCUGUAGAUCAGUUUCCCAUCUUUAUGGUUGACCGAUUUAACUCGGUUCCAAUCCCAGUGUACCUUCUACUACAGGCGUUAGUUCUCAAGCCUUCAGUAGCAUGUGCACUGUCACCUCAUCUGGAGAGCCUCUAA